AAUGAACCCACCUCCUGGAUUAGGUGAUGAUGAUGAUAAUUAAAUUGGUCCGCCUCCUGGUAUUGAUAUACCUUAGAAGAAGAAGUUUCACGUGAAUAAAAAGUAGAGUCAAUAGUUUUAAUAAACAUCAUUAGAAUCAUUGAAUUUGGAAUUGAAAGUCACAGUAUAGGAUUAGCAAUUUGAUUAAGUAAGUUGAAUGCUUACAAUUAGAUUCCAAUAAGUGAUGAUUAUUUAGAACCAUCAAUGAAUAAUCUUAUAGCAUUUAAUGGUUUUUUAUGUGAUACAUCUGGAGCAGAUUCAUUAGCAAUAUGGGAUAAGGAAAUGAAAUUGAAAAAAGAAUACAAGGGAUUGAUAGAGAAUAUGCCAUAUUAAAUGGUGGCAGUUUAUAAUAAAAUCUAUCUAAUAUUUGGAGAUAUAUUAAUGAUGAUAGAACCCGAAAGUAAUAAGAAGACAAUAUUGAUUGAAUAAGCACUUACAGCAUUUUGUGUAUCAGAUCAUACUAAUCCAAGGUAGUGUCAUAUACAUACCUAGAAUCAUAGGUGUCUCAGAAGGGGAAAUCAUGUUAUGGAGAACAUCCAAUUUUGGAAAACCUAAUCAAAUGGAACCAAAAUAUAACAAAUUUGAACCUAAAACCAAUAAGAUGAUCGAAUUAUAAAAAGUGUUAUCUGAGAAAUUUGAUGAUUGUGAUGAUUUACUUGUCUUACAAAAUGGAUUAGUAUUUGGAAAAUAACAAAAAGUAGGUGAAGUCUUUAUUAUUGAUUUUGAGAAUGAUUAAUUAGAAGAAUUAUAAACUACUUAUGGUUGUGCUGUUACAUGUUGGACAUCUAUUUCAUAUGAUUAAGUAGCUUUUGCUUCAAAUGGCUAAAUUGUAAUUACGAAAUUUGAAUCUAAUAAAUAAGCUAUUGUUUAGAUCAUUCUAAAUUCUUCAAAAGAUGAUAUUCAUCAUGGUUUAUGUUAUACAAAUAAUCAAUUAUUUUCAAUCAGUAAAAAUGCAAUCGUGACUAGUUGGAAUAUAAUUUUAGGAACUAAAAUUAAAACAUUUGAAGUUAAAUUUUGUCCUGGAGUUUAUUCUCUUAUUACAAUGAAUUAAGAAAUAAUAAUUGCAGAACAUAAAGUCAAAAAAGAUUUCAUAUUACUUAAUACUAAUUUAGAGAAAUAAUUCUUUUAUAAAGCAAGAGUAAAAUAAGUCUUACAUUGUUGUUCAAGUCCAAAUUAGUAAUUUUUGGCUGUGGUUUAAAAAUGUGGUUUAUUAUAUGAUGAAGAAGUUAUAUUCCAUUUUGAGAUAGAAAUCUAUCCAUUUGAUAAUAAAUUAGAAUUUUAAAGAAGAAAAGAAUUUGACAAUUUAGAAAUCAAAACUGUCAUGUUUUUAAAUGAUUCUACUAUACAAUGUAUUCUCAAGAUUUCAAAGAGUGUUUAUCCUCUAUUGGUAAAAUGGAAUUUUAUGAAUAAUGAAUAUAAUGAAUCAGAAAUGCUUGUUGAAAAAUACAAAAGUUGUCAAUUAUAUUAAAAUCGAUCUGUAUUCAGUUAUGAUUUUCAUAAUCCUCCUUCCUAAUAGUUUCAUCUGUUUGGUCCAAAGAGAAUUGAUGAUUAAAAUCAAAGUACUGGAAUAAGUGUAUAUGAUGAAAAUAUUAAACGUUUAUUGAAGGUUUAAUUUUAAUAGUAAUUCAAUGCUGAUGUAUUUGGUAUGCCAACUCCAGAUCUAUUGUAUGUUCUCAAUAAUAAAAAUUAAAUAGAAGUUUGGGAUGUAUUGAGUUGUUAAUAAGUUUAAAAAGGUAUAAGUUUAUAUAUAUAAUUAAAUAGCUGAUUGUAGACCUAGCAUUAUUAAAUCGAUAAAGUUUUCAUCAUAGUACUUGUUUUUAAAUGGGUAAUCAGAAUGGAUUAUCAGAGAUUUAAAAUUGGCAUAAAUUUGUAAAACCAAAGGAGACAUGAUCAAUAAGUGUUUAUUUAUAGAUAAGAAAUGUGUGAUCUAUUAGAAAUAGAACUUAUUUGAAUGGGAUUUAGUUAGUAAUCAAUGCAAAUAAAUUCCAUUGUUUAAAGUUUAUGACUUUUGCAUAUUUCAAGGCAAGAUACUAGCUAUUGGUGAAUCAACUAUAAAGUUAAUAUGAAAUAUAA